AUGGUGAACAUCACGGAAAAGAUUAAGGAGAUCGAGGAGGAGAUGCGCAGGACGCAAAAAAACAAGGCCACUGAAUACCAUUUGGGUCUACUCAAGGGAAAACUUGCACGACUACGAGCCCAGCUUCUUGAACCAACUGGAGGAUCUGGAUCCGGUGGAGGAGCUGGUUUUGACGUUAGCAAGAGCGGAGAUGCUCGAAUUUCUCUUGUUGGAUUCCCUUCCGUUGGAAAGUCAACCUUUUUAUCAAAAAUCACCAAGACCAAGAGUGAAGUUGCUGCGUACUCUUUCACAACCCUCACGGCUAUUCCUGGUGUGUUGGAGUAUGGUGGUUCAGAGAUUCAGAUUCUGGAUCUUCCCGGAAUCAUUGAAGGAGCAGCAGAAGGCAAGGGACGAGGGAGGCAGGUUAUUUCUGCGGCUAAGACCAGUGAUUUAAUCUUGAUGGUUUUGGACGCAACGAAGAAAGCUGAGCAAAGAGCAUUGCUAGAGGCAGAAUUAGAAGCUGUCGGAAUUCGGCUGAACCGAGAAGUGCCUAACAUCUAUCUGAAAGUCAAAAAGGCUGGCGGGAUGAAGAUCACAUUCCAGUCACCUCCGAAGUACCUCGACGAAAAGAUGUUGUACAAUAUCCUGAGAGACUACAAGGUACUCAACUGCGAAGUCCUGGUUAGAGAUGAAAAUGCUACGGUCGACGACUUCAUAGACGUGAUCAUGAAAGACCAUAGAAAAUAUAUUAAAUGCCUGUACGUAAAAGGAGUGGAUCCCGACUUCAACGAGGCUCUCAUUGUGAGGAGCAACUCUACAAUCGAGGACGUGUGCGACCAGAUACACCGCACGCUCAAGGAGUCCUUCAAGUACGCCCUUGUCUGGGGCGCCAGCGUCACGCAUGUACCGCAGCGAGUAGGGCUGGGCCAUUUCGUAGCAGACGAAGACGUCGUCCACAUCGUGUCCAAAUAG